AAGUGCAGACUUACGGAGUGUAUACGAUGUGUUUAUAUGCAUAUACAUGCUUAUGCACCACCACGACGAAUCUAUUUAAAGCGGUACCGUUGCCUAUUUUUGCGCUCAAGAUUUGGGAAUAUCUAAUUUGCGACCCCGGUCAUCAACGACCCCCCCCCCAACAUUCAACGCGUUAAAAUAAAAUGACCAAGUCGAUCUACAACACCUCGCCACUCCCCAUUAAACACAAAGAUGCAGAACAAGCGUACCCGCGGCGAUGUACAUUUAAGAAGAAGCCAUUACGUAAUUCCGAACAACUAUGGCGUACUAUUUGCGGCUUUGCACCCAGACCAUCGUCGUCGAUGGUUUACCACUUAAGGUCGGGGAAGGACCUUGCCCUGUAUAAGCUCGCAACGGGAGCUCAGCUUAAGAGGACAGCGUCUGAAGAAGAAGAAGAAGAAAGAGUAGCAACUAGAGACAUCACCUAGUUGAUGCGCGUCAAGAAUCUCUGGUCCAUGGCCCAGUUUCGAUGCCCUUCCAGCAAGAAGUAUAAAAACGUCCGGCGUACUCGCUGAGGAACGACAUUUUUCCACGUCCACACUCUCGGACCGUACGUUCGAACCAAACAUCCGAUGAUCUUUCGACGUGAUUUCUGAUCGACAUUCGAUCGAUCAUCCUGGAAUCGCAGGAAAUCGUUCGCCUACAUCCACGAGUGUUGAUGUGCGUCGCCCUCUUCUGCUUCCUCUUCGUCUUCAUCGUGAUAACAAUCAUCGCCCUCUUAUUAUUCAAGCCCGUUUACAUCUGGCAGAUCGAAACGCAGCAGUGAAGUGUCUGAAAAAACCAGGAAGAAAAAUCAGCAGAAAUGACAAAGAUACUGAGGACAGUGUACCUGGUUGCACUUUUUGUAUCCUUGGUCAAAUGUCAAGGUUCAUUAUUGCAGAUGUCCCAGGAACUCUGGACCAAGUUGCUCACUGGAGGAUUCUCCAAGACGGGUAAACUAGACCCUUUGAAGGUCCCAGUGAUCAAGGUGGACCAGUCUGAAGGAGACACCAGCUACAGGAUAAUCCUGAGGAACGUGGAGAUCAUCGGACUGAACGAGUCUACUUUGGACAGCAUCCACAUCGCUAGGGGACGACUGAAGUCGAACCUGAGCGAACUGGAAGCAGGAUACGUGAGCUACAGCGAUCUGAGGGACCUGGACUCCAUCAGGUACAGAUUCCACACUCUGAUCAAGGAACCGAAGCUCCAGAACGAGAGCUUCGAAGCCAUCGUCUCGGCUACCAACCAGGAGAGCAAGAUCAUGACCAGCCCGCAGGACAGUCGUUUCGAUAGAUUCAGACAGUACGAUCCGUUCCUGUUGAAGAUCCAAGCGGACAAAAUGAAGGAAAAGCCUGAGCGAUCUGAAAACUCUCCUCAGGAUUCUAAUUACGGAACCUUCAGCAUGGAGGGCGCUAAAGUGGUAUCGAAACAGGACACCAGUCAAAUCGUUGCGAACAUGAGAUACCCUGCGGACGUUCAGAUGAUCUAUGCGAUGAGUGCUAUUAAUGCUGCUCUGAAUGCGAGAAACCAAGAGCAGAGGGAGAUGUACGAUCAAGGUAGGUCUGCUUCCUUUGGGGAGAGACGGGGAGAGGCUAGGGAGAGCCAAAGGAGAGGCUACCACAGUGGCAGGAGAAGCGAAACGAGGUACGAGGAUCCUGAAACUUCAGCUUCUGAGAAUGUUGAGAGGAGGCAGGAUCCGAGGGUGUUCCCUCCGUACAUUGGCAGGGAACAGGUGUACCAAGGUGAAAAUAGGAGGCUGGAGAAACAGCCGGGGUAUAUCGAUAUCGUUUAUGCGGAUGGGAAUAAUAAUGGCAGUGUGAAACGAUUUGGAAAUGGAAGGAUCGAGUCUAAGCAGGAUGCUCAGGUGUUCGGAAUGAAGGAUGUGCGGAAGGAAAUUUUGGAAGGUAGAAAAGGCAUCAGCCACAACUGCACCGAGGGAGAGCCAUUGACGAAGAGGAACGAGGCAGUGAAGGCUGCCUUCGAUUCGAAGGACCUGAAUAAUUUAACUAGAUACGCGAGGAAUUAUCAGGAGAAGGAAGGAUACUUCGAGGAAGGAAUGCAACUGCUUUAUCACUAUGGUGGAAAUCCUGCGAAUGAAAAAGUUGAACUUGGAAAGAGAUACAAACGUGCCCAUAAAGAAAACGAGACUGAUGACGACGUGAUGCACGUGAUCUUGAAGAUACGUGCUCCUGAACUUCGCAUCAAGUCGGACUAUCAGUUGAAUGGAAAAGUUGGACAGGAAUUGGUUAGAGGAACUGGAAAGCUCAGUGGGAAUUUCAGCGAGCUGGUAGGUGACUUCACUAUAGAAUUGAAGAAGAUGAAGGAUCAGGACGUUUUAAUUGUACGCGCAGCCAGGAGCAAAUUAAAUGCCAAAAAGCAAAACGUCUCUCUUCAGGGAAUGGACGAGGAGGGACCAGUAAAAUCGAUCCUCACCCACGGUUUGAUGGCUGCCGAAGCCGUAGCUGCCAUGCUCGCCGAUGACCUGGCAACGAAAGCUUUAAACGACAGAACAGCCGACGCUAUGAUUUAUAAAAUGUACAAAAAUCUUCCUGUUAAUUAAUUUACAGGAGGAUACACUUUCGACUAGAUUUUGGACGUUUAUUCUUUACGGUAUACUGUUGUAUGGUUUUCUUUUAUAUCAAUUGAUUCCGCUGAUUAUGAAUCUGUUAUAUUGUUUUUUAACACUUUAAUUAAUUCGUGGGAAUUAAUAGUCCCCCUUGCUGUGAAUAAUAGAUUUUGAAUAUUGAAAAAUUGCUCGCUAAAAUUAAUUGUAAUAUUGUUAAUUUAUUAACCAAUAUAUCUGUAUGGUAUUCAUACAUAUUUAUUCAAUCGACAGAAUGAUAUAACAUUGAUAUAACUAAUUAACUUACUACUAGUAUUGUGCUUAAUUUAUUACAGGUAUUUGUUACGAGACACACAGAUGUUAUACAUUACAUACGCAGGUAUUAUAAAUAGUCUAUAAAUUAUAAAUUAGUUUAGUUUUUACAAUUUUUAAUUAAUUCAUCAAAUCAUCGAUUCAUAUUUUGAUUGAAAAACUUACUGAUUUAUGAACAAAGUGAAAUAGUGCAAGGUAUCUUUAUAAAAAGGUGCUUUACAGACACAGAACAAGUCCUCGAUUCAUUUAUUCAUAUUUAAAUGAAGUAAAAGAAAAAUUUUCAAAUGUCACCAAAGAUAUUACAUUUUAAUGCUUCAUCUAAUGGAGAAUCGUAUCGCUAAAUUGGCAUGUUUGAUUGUGUCAUACCGGUGAAUAAUACGUAAACGCGUGCACACCCGAUUUGCAAACGGGUUUGCAAACGUUACGUACGGUUUGCCAUAGCGGAACCACUCGGAUCCGUCAGAUUUUACAUAAUCGCAUUUGGGAAAUUCAACGUGUUACACCAACGAUUUCCAGGAUUACUCGACGGGGAAAGUAGUCGAUGAACGAAUGUUGUAAACGGGGAAUAAAGUUUUGCGAAUCAGGAGCGAUUUUGAUCGCUGCAUUUAUUAAUCGAUCGAACGAGUUUGUUUAUGCCAUUGCAAUGCAAUUUAUAUUGUAACAUAUACAUUCAUGGCUUGAGAAUUAUUUUAUUUUUUAACGUAGAUUCAUAAGAAUAUUUACGAUUAAUUUAAUGAAUUUUUAAUAAGUUAUGUAUUACGUUUAUGUAAGUGUUAUCUAUUAAUGAACAUUGUGUAAGAAUAUUUGAAGCCAUGAAAUAAAUGAACCUAUAAUUCAA